AUGGUGGAUCACACAUUUGCCAUCUUUUGCAUCCUGUUUGUCAUUGUCGUUAUUCUUUACCUUGUCGCAAGUGAAGGUGCUUUCAGAUACUCGGACGGGAAGUACGAGUUGGUUAGAAGAGAACUGAGGCUAAUGCAUGCUCUGUUAAAAGAUUGCGAGAAAGUUUCCAGGUCAGCCGACCUAGUAACUCGAACAGCCAGUCAGUUUUCGGAUUCCGAUCAAAUCCAAGAUGGAACGAGUGCACAAGUACUAAAUGAGAGCGAGAAAGGCUGGAUAAAGAAAGCAAGAGAAUCAGUUGUUGAUGCAACUCCGUGCCUCCAAAACUUUAAAAAUUUGAGGAACAGAAGAAAUGCCAAAUGGUUGCUCUCCAUCGUGCUUGAUAUCGCACCGAGGUUUGAUGCUGCCCUUAAGAUGAAGCGGUUCGACGAAACCAUAAAUGAUAACCUUGGAGUGGAUCAGAGCGGGAAGAAAGUUUGUGCCAGUGAAAUCAAUAAAUCAGUGGAGCAGUCAAGAUCCAAGAUCAGAAGCCUGCUAGACAGAUCUAGUAUACAUGAGGUUGAAUCUGCCAAGUUCAGACCACCUGUUGGCGCAAUAAAAGCUGAUGAAUUAACUUCGUCUCUGAAGACUUUGAGCACUAGACACCCAUAUUUGAUGCAGGGCCAGCUUGAGGAGCACGUAAAAUCCACCAUGAUGCAUUUACGGCUACUUCAUGCUUUCAUGGAAGAUGUACACAGCCUCGAAGUGCUGGAAAGUGAAAUGGAAAACACCUGGGUGAUGGAAGCGAACGACACCAUUAUUCAAGAGAAGGAUGUGAUUGACACCAUAAAUGCCACAGAAAACAAGAGAGGAUGGAUUUCAGAACCGAAUAAUUGGAUUCGUAGGUGGAAGCAUAGGGAGGACAUAGUGUCUGUUGGCACCCGGAUCUCUGGCCUCCUCACAACAAAGGAAAGAUUUGGUGUCAAUUUCAUCAAAUUUAUUGAGUCAUCAAAAUCUGCCCACCACUCUCCUCAGCACCAAGCCUUUCAGCAUCCAACUGAACCUGAUAUUGGCUUGUUGGAUGCAGUCAACAACAUCCGUAACUUGCUUGAUCAACUGCCAAAGACGAGCACCAAGUUAGUAUUUCAAGUCAGCAAAGUGAAUGAGGAGUUGGAUAAACUUUUCGAAUAUACAAAGGAAACUGAAGAGUAUGCUGUGAAUCUGAGAAAUGCUUCCUGGAAGCUGUUGAAGAAAACAGCUUCAGAAGCAAACGAGCAGUACCAGAAAACCGCUUCGAAGUUUCUAUCAAAAACAAUAAUUGUUCGCAUCAAGAAUGCUGUCAAUGUUCUUGAGAGAUGCCUGAAAGCAUAUUCCAUUGACGCAAGGGAGGAGUCAUGCUCAGUAGUUGGUUUGGACGAAGACAUACACGAACUGGUCUCGAGACUCACUACUAAUAGUGAACCUGCUAGUUCUAUCAUACCCAUUGUGGGGAUGAAGGGCAUAGGUAAGACCACUCUAGCCAAGCAAGUUUACUACCAUGCUAACAUUGUGGAGCACUUUCCAGUCCGUCGUUGGGUAUCCCUACCUCCAUACCAAAACUCUGAUGAAUUUGCAUUUUUAAGAAGUGUUGGGAUCCAGGUCCGGGAGACCAAAGAGAAAUAUUCGAAUGCAUACGAAUCAAAAGCCUACUGGAUCAACAGAGUGCGCAAUUUCUUGAACAUGAACAUGUUCCUUUUAGUAUUGGACAAUGUCGUGUCCAUGGAAGUAUGGGAUUCUCUCAAACAAGCACUGCCAGAAGGGACUAAUGGGAGCAAGAUUGUGCUGAUCACACGCAACAAGGCAAUUGCUUUAAAUGCUGACCGAGAUAGCAUUCCUCACCAACUGCGGCUAAGAACUCAAGAAGAGAGCUGGGAGCUUUUCUCUCAGAUAGUGCUAGUGCAGUACAAUGAUCCCGAGAAAAAGGAAACCAAUCGUGUGAAGGAAGUUGUAGGAAGCAGCUUUGGAGGCUUACCACUUGACAUUAUAGGCUCUGGCAGUUUACUUUGGGGGAAACAAAUCACAACCGAAGAAAUUUUGAGGGUUCUUGGACGUAGCACUACUCUAGGACAGGACCAAAAUCCUUGGUCACUGAACAAGGCAGUAAAUGAAGACGACUUGCAAGAGAAUCAGAGUUUUAGGCACUGUUUGUCUUACUUCCAGCUCUUCCCGCCGGACUUUGAAAUCCCUGUCAGGAGAAUAGUGGCUUGGUGGGUUGCAAGAGAGCUGGAAGGAAUCAAUGAGAAUCAUAUUCCUGAAAACUGGGUUACUCAACGGUUGAGACGAGUUAAUGAGAUUCGUAUUCCUGAAACUCUUGCGAAUGAGUAUCUACAAGAGUUGAUCGGCCGUAACAUGAUUCAAGUAGUCAAGAAAAAGCCUGAUGGGAAGGCCAAGACAUGUCGAUUGCCUAGUUCUAUGGGAGCUCUGUUGUUGCAAGGCCAAGGCGUUAAUAGCAGCGAAACUGAUCCCUCUGAAUCAUCUCCUGAUCAAGAUCAUGGUCCUACCGGAACAAAUACACAGCAGAAUGAAAGCGAACACAAGUCCAUUAUCUUCUUCGAGACUGUAGAGCGAAAUAAACCGAAUCAAGAAAUAUGUGACUUCCUACGCAAAGGCAUUGCUGAUGGUUUCUUGGGACAACUUCAAUUUCUUGACCUUGAACGUGUAUUCCAACCACUGUUGCCGAAGGCCAUCGGAAAUUUAAAGCGGCUGGUAUAUCUGGGCUUAAGGUGGACUUACCUUGAGUCGAUUCCAAAAUCUAUAGGCAAGUUGGUCGAACUCCAGACCCUUGAUUUGAAGCAUACUUACAUUCAGCACAAUCUUCCUAGUUCAAUCUGGAAACUGAAGAAACUUCGGUAUCUCUACUUAAAUCACAACUGUCAAUUGCCACAACUGACUCGGUUGAUAUUAUUGCCUCGAUCAAGUACCAUUGGCAUGAAAGAUCUGCAGAAAUUGUCUGGUGUGUUUGUGGAUAAUGUAAAUCUGGUUAAGGAUGGGCUUGGAAAGUUGAUCAACCUUAGAAAAUUGGAGUUGGCAUUCCAGCUUGACACUUCGGACGAGCAAGAUGUAGUGGAAAGUUGGAUUGCGAAGCUCAAGUUCUUAGAGUCAUUGAAGUUGAAAUCAAUUGACAAGAAGAAGAAACUUCGGGAUCUGAAAUUACAGUUUCUCCCAACCCUUGAGCAACUGUCCCGGUUACAUUUGUUUGGAAAGCUUGUAAAUCGACAAAUCAUCAACCAAGUUCCACAAAGCCUAACUCAUCUUACCCUCUCUGCCUCUGAAAUUGAAGACGAUCCAAUGCCGGUGCUAGGCACGCUUCCGAAUCUCAUAUCGCUAUCUUUCUACUCUGGUUCUUAUCUUGGAAGACGCAUGGUUUGCCGCAUGAACGGGUUUCCGAAGCUUGUAGUUCUGAAGCUUUGUAAGCUUGAUGCCCUGGAAAUAUUGGAUUUGCAAGAAGCAAUGCCAAAGCUAAGCAAUUUAGUGAUUAAAUACUCCAAGAAGCCCAAAGUGGCUGUUGUUGGAUUGACGCGUUUAACCACCGUCCAGGAAUUUGAACAAUCAGCUGCAGCCGAGGAAUAA